ACCGGCUGCACGUACGCUGCCAAAAAAAAAAAAAACAAAGUGAUUUAAAAAAAAAAGUGAAAAUGUUGUCUAUGAUUUUUUUGCUGUUCGCGCCAAUUUUGUUCAAUAGUGUGACGUCUAUGUAUAGCAGCAAAGAUAUUGAGGGAUAUCCGUCGGGAUAUUUGGCUGAAUGUCCAGGCUCAACAAAACCAGCCAUCAUCACGGACAAGUCUCUCAAAUUCCUUGCCAUCACAGUCGUUGGAGCGAAACCAAAUGUACCCCAGAAGCGGAAAUCGUACAACUACUUCCAAAUGAGAGAGAUGUCUAAAGAUCCAACUAUGGAUUGGAGCAAGAGAACCGUUAUGUAUGUUGGGGGCUUCUUGGAUAGUCCAAAUUUCAUUUUUGCCAGGACUAUUGAUGUUUAUUACCGGAGAUUGGGGUAUAACGUGUGGUUGUUGGACGUAAAUCGGUUUACGACUAUUGAGUACCCCGCGUUGGCAAGAGCCAUGAGAGCGGUUGGUAAAUAUGCCGGUGACAUGAUAGCCAACUUGACUUCACUGGACGUAGGUUUCAAUCCGAAGAACUUUGAAAUCCUGGGUUACAGUAUCGGCGGACAAACUAUGGGGCUUAUAGCAAAGAGAUACAAAGCUGUAACAGGCGUCACAAUUGAUAGACUCACUGGAUUAGAUUCCUUUGGCAUAUGUUUCCGAAGAUCUGAGCCUGAAGAUAGAUUGGACAGAGAUGAUGCUGAUUUCAUAGUUCUUGUUAAGACUAAUAUUGAUGCUUACGGUAUGGCUAUGGCCGUAGGUCAUGUCAAUUUCUAUGUAAAUGGCGGAGAAAAUCAAGCAGGUCUCGCAAGUUGGACAACGUGCGACGAAUGGUGCAGUCAUUCAAGAGCGUACAAAUUGUGGAUAGCUGCUUUAGAAAAUCCUCAUAGUUUUAUAGGUGUUAAAUGUGAUUCAAUACAACAAGCGAGAGAUAACGAGUGUUUUGAUAAUAAGCCAAAAGUAACUAAUACUAUGGGAGUGUUGACAGAUAGAUCUAAACCAGGAAUCUAUUAUUUGUCCACGACCAAUAUAUUUCCAUUCCAUUUAGGUGUGAAGGGCACGAAAAAAGGAAGAGACUCAUUCUCAAUGUUAGCUACAAAUGCGAAUGCUCCGGAUAUAACUGUAGUUUAAUUGUGAUUCUGUGAUAUUCUUUAGUUCAAUUUGUACGUAUUGUCAACGUAUUUUAGUCAGAUCAACAGUUUGUUAGUAUUGCAGGCAAUUUAAAGUUUUUACUAAAUUGAUAACAAGAUUUUCCCGAUCUUAUAAACUUGUAACCUAAAAUUUGCAACGACGAUACCAUUAUGUUAGUAUAAAAUAUAAAAAUUUAUGUAGCGCAGGCGCUAUUUGCCAAUAGAUAUGAUUUAUUUUUAUUUUAAGUGUUUGUUAAAAUAUUAUAUAUAUUAAAAUGUUGUUUUUUUGUUUGUGUUUUAACUGUUCAAAAAUAGAAUAAAGCUAAUGUUAGAGCACCAAAGCAUAACAGUUUGAAAUGCAAUCAGUAACACAAGGUGUUGAGAAACAGAAAAUGAAUGGAUUAGAUACUUUAAAUAAAUGUAUUUAAGUUUUAUUUCCGAUAAAACCAUAUGCUAUUAUAAUUUAACUUCAACAACUGAACUGACAAUGUUAAUAGAAAUAAUAUUCUCAUCUUGUCCCUGUAGCGUGACACGCGCGACGCCGUUUUUAUCGCUCGAAUAUCUACCUAUGUUCCGUUUCACGUCAUUUUAGAAAGCGAAACAGCGAUAUAUUUUCGCGCGUUAAAAACGAUAUUUCUUAUUUCCUUGUUUGGAACCGAGGACUACAUAUGACUUUGAUAUGGGGAUUAACCUGA